AUGAUGAAAAUUGACAAGUACCGCAGUGACAUGGUUAUAGCGAUUCAAUACUUUGACACAAAAGAAUGGACUUUCUACAGAUGUAGCAUUACUGGAAUUAUGACGAAGGUGAAAAAAUCCAUAUCUUGUAAAUCUACUCUCACGACGUUGGAAGACGAUAAUGUCGUGAAAUUAGAUCUACAAGAUAUGAAUUGGAAGAAGUAUAUCGCGAAUUACCAAGUGAGAAUGAAGAAAUUCAUUCUGAAAAACCCUAGACCUAUGAACUCAGCGUGACGAUUAUCGUUGUACGUAUUUCGAAAUAUCGUAAUGUGAAAGUGGACGUAGUUAUAAUAAUAUCUUUGUAUACUCGUUAAUGAUAUUUCUGCUUAUUUCAGCUUGUACUGGGUACGUCAGAUUGCUCAAGUGUUUUCUUCAGUCGUCUUUUUUAACUGUAAUAGCAUUUCUAGUGUAUAAUUUUGUUUAUUGACGUUUCGACGAUUUUCUUUACUUCUAAUUUCUCUACUUUGACUAAGAACAUGACACAUAGAAACUUUUCUGAGAAACGAGCCCAUCAUCCAUUCCUUUCAAGCACUCCGCCAUAACUUGACGCAACUCGAUUAUACUUUUUUAUAAUAUAUAUUUAUAUAUAAUAUUUAUAAUAUAUAUUAUAUAUUUAUUUAUAUUUAUUUUUAUUAUAUUUAUUUAUAUAUUGUUAUUAUAUUAUAUUCAUUAUAUUUAUUUAUAUUAUAAAUAUAUAUUAUAUAAUAUAUAUUUUUUAUAAUAUAUAUAUAUAUAUAUAUUGUGUUCCUUCAUGACGAAUGCAACGUACAAUGUUUCAACGUACAAUUUUUUUCGUUGUCUACAAUUCCUAAUUUCCCAUUUCAAUUCGAGUUUUGAUCGAUUUCCAAUUCCUUUUCCCAAACUUUUCAUCAAUUUGUACAAUUUUACCAAGCUCGUUAUGAAACGGUGAGAUACUGGCACCGAUCUUUAGAAAAGACACAGUAGCUUUUCAAAGGAGACUCGUCUCGAUAAAGUUAUUAACCACGGUGAUUCUGAACACAUUCAUAAAGAAUAUAAGCCACAUGGCAUUCAACUAAGAAAUUGUCGAAUCAUUAAACCUAGCUAAGCAGGGUCCAAUGCCCCUUCUUAAAAUUUCGUUUAGAAUAUCCUGCAUACGAUGUUAUCGCCAUUUAACUUCACGAUUUUUCUUAUAUCGUACAUACAAAGCAUUUUUUAACAUUCUCAUUUUUCUUAUUGUUUAUUUUUUGAGAAAAGUUUGCAGUCUAUUUAUAUUUUCUGCAUGAAUUAUUUUAAAGUGGAAAUAAUCGACUUUUGUCUGUGUCGAUCUUCGAAAUUUAAUUAUCUGAAUAAUCAUUUCCAAUCAUUUGAUCUGGGGAAGUUUUUUUCGUAACGAACCAUUCAUUAAAGAGAUUGAAUUUCAUGUUAAAAAAUAGUACGGAUAUCUAUUGCAAUCAAGCAAACACAAUGAUGUGGCAUUCAAUGUGCCAGAAAUAAUAUAAAAUAUAAAAUAGAUUUGUAGAAUGAUUUUUGA